UCACAACUUUUCUUUUUUUUUUUUUCGAUUUUAAUAUGUCUGUCUGCCUACAUUCUUUUUAUUGUAUCUGACUAUUAUAUUUAAAUAAUUAUAUAAAAUUGAAACUUCUACAUUUUUCCUAAAAAUUUGCUUUUAGAACGAAGGUUCUUCCUUCAGAAUGGAGCCAUCUGUAAAUACAACUGUACAGUCUGAUAUGGGUGAUGGAUCCCAAAUCAGUAUAGCCCCAAAGAAAAGACUGAAUGAUAAAACUCCAUUGCUUCGAAAUGUUGGUCUCUUAUGUAGCUUUAACAGUGAUCAGGACACAGAAUCGCAAAGCACAGUUACAAGUGUUGCAAAUGGCAGUAGUUUAAGAAGUCUUACCACUUUCCCCGGUGUCUUUGUACCUGUUUCACUGUCUAUGUUUAGUGCUGUUUUAUUUUUACGUGUUGGUUUUAUAGUUGGGCAUGCUGGUUUACUGGAAACGCUCGGUGGAAUCCUGUUAUCUUAUUUAAUCCUUGUCUCCACAGUAUUAUCAAUCUGUGCAAUUUCAACUAAUGGAGCUGUUGAAGGUGGAGGAGCUUAUUUUAUGAUUAGCAGAGCUCUUGGACCCGAGUUUGGAGGCAGUAUUGGAACUUUGUUUUUUCUAGCAAAUAUAUUUUCCAGUGCUUUGUACAUCACUGGCUGUGUUGAAGGAUUGGUAGAUAGUUUUGGCCCAUCUGGAAGCUUGGCAUCUUUCUUGCUUGGUGGGAAAUGGUACAGUCUAUUGUAUGGAUCCUGUCUGAAUUUCUUCAAUCUCAUUGUGUGCCUUGUCGGAGCAUCCAUGUUUGCUAGAACAUCUGUGAUCAUCUUCGUAAUAGUAAUUGUUAGCACCAUCUCUGUUAUAGCUAGUUUUCUCUCUGUGGGUCCAUUCUUUGUUCCAAUUCCUUCUGAAAAUACUGUUGUAAAUUUUACAACAGCAGAAUAUACUUGGUUUAGCUGGCACACUUUUACAAAUAAUAUUUGGGCUAAUUAUGGAAGAGAUUACACAACUGGAAAAAUGACAAGUUUUGCUACAGUAUUUGCUGUCUUGUUCAGUGGUGUUACUGGAAUUAUGGCAGGAGCAAACAUGUCUGGUGAUUUGAAAGAACCUGGACGGUCCAUUCCAAAGGGGACACUUUCAGCAAUGGCUUUCACAUUUGUAACUUACCUUUUGUUGUUUUUCUUGACAGCUGCCACUUGCUCAGAUUUGCUCAUCAAAAAUAACAAUCUCUACAUGCAAUACAUCAACUUUUACCCUCCUCUGGUGUCUGUUGGUUUAUUUUGUGCUACUCUUUCGGCUUCUCUUAGCAAUCUUAUUGGAUCAUCGAGAGUUCUAGAAGCAUUAGCAAAAGAUGAAAUAUUUGGUCCUCUUCUUACACCAAUAGUUCGAUUUUCAUGUGUAGGUAAUCCUAUUGCUGCAGUUGUAGUAGCUUGGUUUCUUGUCCAGUUGAUUCUACUGAUAGGAUCAUUAAAUACCAUCGCCCAGAUAACCUCUGUAUUUUUUCUGUUGUCAUACUUCUCUACAAAUUUGGCUUGUUUAGGAUUGGAAGUAGCAUCUGCUCCAAACUUUAGGCCAUCCUUCAAAUAUUUCUCUUGGCAUACUGCUUUUGUGGGAAUUCUUGGUUGUAUGUGUAUGAUGUUUGUGGUUAGUCCUCUUUAUGCUGCAAUAUCUAUAAUUAUGUGCUUACUACUGGUUAUAAUCUUGCAUUUGCGUUCUAUUCCUGUUCGUUGGGGAUCUAUAAGUCAGGCCUUAAUUUUUCACCAGGUCCGCAAAUAUUUGUUGCUUCUGGACAGCCGUAAAGAUCAUGUUAAAUUUUGGAGACCACAAUUUUUGCUCUUGGUUGCAAAUCCUCGUUCCUGCCUGCCCUUAAUUAAGUUUGCGAAUGAUCUAAAGAAAAGUGGCUUAUAUGUCAUUGGGCAUGUGAAACUUGGAAAGAUUGGUAAUAAUCUUGUAUCGGAUCCUGUAGCAGAGGAAUAUCCAUUAUGGUUAACACUUCUAGAUAAAUUAAAAAUUAAAGCUUUUGUGGAAGUUACUUUAUCACCAACAGUUCGAGAAGGAUUCCAUCAUUUAGCUCGAUUAUCUGGUCUAGGAGCUAUGAAACCAAAUACAGUUUUACUUGGGUUUUAUGAUGAAAUCGAACCUGAAGAUUUCUUUGAAAAAGAUGCUGAAUUCAAUGACAUACAAAGAGUCAUUUUGAAAGAUCAAGUAUUUUUAGAGCUCAGAAACCAAGCAGGGCAAAGAUCUCUAAGUGCAGAAGAAUAUGUACAAAUAAUUUGGGAUGGUAUCUUUUGCCUGCAAAAGAAUGUAUGUCUUGCCAGGCAUUUCCACAACCUGGACAAGAAGUCAUUAAUGAGAAGAGGAGUAAAGAAAUACGUAGACCUGUGGCCUAUGAAUUUUUUUAGCCCAAAUUCAGUGUCGUGCAUUGACAAUUGCUGGCAAUUUAUUAUCCAACUAGCUUGUAUCUUGAACAUGGUUUCUGGCUGGAAAUCAAGUACUGUAAUUCGUGUUUUUAUGUGUGCCAGUGCACAUUGGGAAAGUUCUGCAUACCAUCAACAGCAAUGGGAAAAUAUGCUGAAGAUGCUUCGAGUGAAUGCUAGCAUCAGUGUUAUUCUCUGGGAUCAUGUAACAACUCUUUUGGAUCCAAUUGAUGAAUCGGUGAAGUCUGUGAAAGGUGAAAUUAACAUGGCUUAUAUAUCUGGAGUCAAUACAAUGAUCAGACAACAGAGUCUGCAAACUUCUGUAUUGUUCAUGUAUUUGCCUCCUCCUCCCCCAACUUCCGGUGACCAGCUGCAAUACUUGAAUUUCUUGGAUGCAUUAACAGCAAAUUUGCCUCCAACAUUACUAGUCCAUGGAAUCAGCCCUGUCACAUCUACUGCUUUAUGAGCUUCUUGGCUAUGUUGUGUUCUUAAACAAAUGCUUUUAGUUCAAAUAUUAUAUUGCUAUUUAUUAUUAUAUAGGUAAUGGGUUUGCACAAGCUAUUUAUGUAAGCUAGUUAUAAUCUGCAAACCUGUUGCUAAAUUCUGUUCCUCUGCUCCAAAUGGCAAAACAUUCAAGUGAUAGUUUUAAUUAAAUGUUUUGUUAAGGGGUAGUGUAUUUUAAUGUUCUAAAGUUUAAUAAUUUAAUUGUCUUAAUACAUUUUAAACUUUGUCUUUCUAUUUUUUUUUUUUAAUAUUUUGAUUAGAUUGUCUGUUUUAUUCUCUUUUUGACAACUUUAACUAGUGUUGCUUUUUAAAUACUAUAAAAUUAUAUUGUCUAAUUAUUCAACUUAAUUACUAUUAAAUUAUUUGUGUUGUAGUGUAUACUAUUAAAAUUAUUUCUAAAUGCUAUUUAUAUAGGAAGUGUUACAAGAUUCUAUUAGACUUUGAUUACUGUAUAGAAAUUAUUGUCAAUUAUCUUGAAUUGAAAUACAAUUAAUUUCUUUUGAAUCUUCACUAUUAAAUUGAUUUCGUUUUCCUAAAGCCCACUUAUCUUGUAUUUUGGCAACUUACUGUUUCACUGUGGCUUGAAAUUUGUGUACUUUUAUGUAUGUUUAUAUGUAUGUAAUCGUGCUGUAAUGAAAUUGGUUAAAUACUCCGUUUAAUAUUUGUUGUUCAAUCCUCAAUCGUGUUGCAUGUGUGGGCUUCCAUUGUAAAUGUAGAUAUUUCAACAUUGAUUCUAAUGUGAUACUAUCUGUUGAAUUGUUUUAUGGCACACACUAAACUGGUAUUAUAAUUUGUGGAGUUCUUAAUCGUUAAUUUACACCAGUGUUGUUUUACCCUUCUGUUACUUUGUUUUGUGGCCUUUGUGGUUUUUCUGUGUUAUACUUUAUAACUUGAAUUAAAUAUAUAUAUUAUUUGAAGA